CAUGGCACUAGUCAUUUCUGUCGAUUCAUUCAGUGAUCACGUGUAUACGUCAUAACGUUGUGAUUUUCUGGAAUCUUCCAAACUGAGAUAUUGUAUUUAAAGGUGACUACCUGGUGAUGAAGAAUUCUAUGUCAUGGUUGUCGUGAAUGUUAUGCAUGCGAACACGGGUGUAUUGACGUUUGCUUCAUAACAACAACAACAGCCCACAACGUGCCGAGUUAGCCCGCUGCCGUGCGAAUACCUUAAAAGUGCUCUUGAUUAUAAGUCGAUCAGACCAAUAGUGAAUUAGUCAUUGUAUUUAAGAACAAGGAAAAGAGUAAGGUGACGUGUAAGAACUUAAAUUUCGACGAAAAGGGAGUACGGCUGGCUUGAUGAUGGAUGGCCUCCCGGUAAAGCUGUAUAUUUACGACAUCUCUAAAGGCAUGGCCAGAGGCAUGUCUAUGGCCCUUUUAGGAAAACAGAUAGAUGGGGUGUGGCACACGAGUGUUAUGGUGUAUGGGCAGGAAUUCUAUUUUGGGGGAGGAGGGAUCGAGAGCUGUCCACCAAUGGGUACCAUACUGGGCCAGCCAGACUCUAUCCAGGAUAUGGGUACAACUCAAGUGCCUCAGGAAGUCUUCAGGGAUUAUCUCCAGGAACUGUCCGCAUCUGCAUUCCGGCCUGAGUGUUACCAUUUGCUUGAGCACAACUGUAAUACAUUUAGCUCUGAAGUUUGUCAGUUUCUGACUGGAAAGGACAUCCCCUCCCACAUCACCAGUCUUCCUGCUGAAGUCAUGACAACUCCAUUUGGUCAGAUGCUAAAACCACUAUUAGAUUCCAUGUCUGUUACGCCAGAGGGGGGUCAUCGGGUUUUUCCCCAGGGAACCUCGCCAGGAACGCCCCCUAAAGGAACAACACGGUCGGCAUCACAAAGUCAACCCAAAGCGGAAUCUGCUAUUAACAAAACCUCCAGCGACUGUGCAGCUCACCCAAAGGCAGAUGUCCUGGACAGGGAGCCUGUUGUGUUUACCACAACUGUACAACAGAUUCUGGAUGAGAACAACAUGACGAGGGAGUCUCUGAAGUCUGUCCUUUCCCCGGAGUCUGUGAAGCUGACAGAGGCCAUGAUGGACUUCCUUAUGGUCACUAAUGGCUGUCUCACCUCCCUCGGUGUAGAGCAUAUCCAAGCCCUAGGUGCAGUGUUGCUGAACUCUACAUCCUGUGACAGAAUUCGUCAGGUGGCUGGCUCUCUACUUCAGCUGACCAGUCUUAAGCCCCAGGGCGUAGAGGCCAUGAAGGCUGACCGUCAGCACACCCUGUCCACCAUGCUUCAGGCAGGGGAGAGUCUCCCACAGCACCUACUCCCCACCCUUAUCAAAAUGGUUGUCAAUUGUGGCUCCAGUAAAGCGGGUCAUCAGCUUCUUACCUCAACGUCACCUGUCACUGUGGCCAAAGUGACCAGCACAAAUCUGAGACUGACCACUGCCCUCUGUGUCCUGAGUCUGCUAGGUGAUCGGCCCGAGGCCUGGGGUGUAGGGGCUGCUGCCGUCACUAAUCUCCUCUACUACGGGGUGAGUGCUGAUACCUCUGUGGAGUUGGCCAGUGCUGUGUUACAGUGUUUGACAAAGGAGCUCUCAGAAAAGACAGCAAAUCUUCUUCUUUGGAAUAUGGUGAAAAUGAUGAGGACCAACCGUGAGGUUCGGGACCUGGCGAGUGUGAUGGGUGUGGACUGGGAACGGUUUUCCUCUCUCUCCAUUAACUGCAGGACACUGACUCAGGAGGGCAGGAAACUGCUGGCCUCAUGAGGCUGAGGAACAUUUGGGGGACUCGUGGAUCUUAUGAGUACCCUGACCCAGAAAGACAGGAAACUGCUGGCCUCAUGAGGCUGAGGAACAUUUGGGGGACUCAUGGAUCUUAUGAGUACCCUGACCCAGAAAGACAGGAAACUGCUGACCUCAUGAUUCUCGGGAAUAUUUGGGGGACUGGUGGAUCUUAUAAGUACUCUGACUCAGAAAGACAGGAAACUGCUGACCUCAUGAGGCUUGUGAACAGUUUGGGGGACUGGUGGAUUUUAUGAGUACCCUGACUCAGGAAGACAGGAAACUGCUGACCUCAUGAGGCUUGGGAACAGUUUGGGGGACUGGUGGAUCUUAUGAGUAUUCUGACUCAGGAAGACAGGAAACUGCUGACCUCAUGAGGCUUGGGAACAGUUUGGGGACUGGUGGAUCUUAUGAGUAUUCUGACUCAGGAAGACAGGAAACUGCUGACCUCAUGAGGCUUGGGAACAGUUUGGGGGACUGGUGGAUCUUAUGAUUACUCUGACUCAGAAAGACAGGAAACUACUGACCUCAUGAGGCUUGGGAACAGUUUGGGGACUGGUGGAUCUUAUGAUUACUCUGACUCAGAAAGACAGGAAACUGCUGACCUCACAAGGCUUGGGAACAGUUUGGGGACUGGUGGAUCUUAUGAGUACUCUGACUCAGAAAGACAGGAAACUACUGACCUCAUGAGGCUUGGGAACAGUUUGGGGACUGGUGGAUCUUAUGAUUACUCUGACUCAGAAAGACAGGAAACUGCUGACCUCAUGAGGCUUGGGAACAGUUUGGGGACUGGUGGAUCUUAUGAGUAUUCUGACUCAGGAAGACAGGAAACUGCUGGCUGGGUGACCUCGCAAAUGUGAUGAGUGUUGGCUUGGACUAGUGUAUAUUAAAUUAUAUUGGAGCCAGUGUAACAAAAUUAGAAUUGAAGGGUCUUCUCGUUGAAGUGCAAUAAAAUCAAACACAUUUCCGGCUUAAUUGCUCAGUGGGGAUAAUCUGUGAUUAUUCACACCAGAAUCUUGCUCUUCAUCAGAAUUUUGUUGUUUAGGCGAAUGUUAAAAAUCAGGAAUAUCAACACAGAUAGCAUGAAGAUGUUCAAUAAGUUGUCAGUAGUUUCAUGGUCAUUAAUAUAUAAGUUGUAUUUAUUGAAUGGUGUAAGUUCUCCAUAAGGCUUAUUUUAAGGAUUUUAUUAUAUACAUAUACAUGUAUAGUUCCACUGACAAAACUGAUUUGUGUUACUCAUCAGUUAGAUUGGAGAAGCACUGUUAAUACAGACAUACAUAUCAACAGUAUAUUUUAUGUUGGUUGGUCAUGUGAUUAAGAAUCUACUUCUGACUGGUGUUACUGUCAGCUGUGAUUUACUGCUGCAUCACUACAGGAGUUCAGUGCCAAUAGUGCUGCUACACGUAUGUGCUAUAUGAACCAGUUUGACACGCCUCGCCAGUUCAGUGCAAAUAGUGCUGCUACACGUAUGUGGUGUAUGAACCAGUUUGACACGCCUCGCGAGUUCAGUACAAAUAGUACUGCUACACGUAUGCCUAAUUAUGUGGUAUAUGAACCAGUCUGAUAAGCCUCACGAGUUCAGUACAAAUACUGCUGCUACACGUAUGUGGUAUAUGAAUCGGUCUGAUAAGCCUCACGAGUUCAGUACAAAUAAUGCUGCUACACGUAUGUCUAAUUAUGUGGUGUAUGAAUCAGUCUGAUAAGCCUCACGAGUUCAGUACAAAUAGUGCUGCUACACGUAUGUGGUGUAUGAACCAGUCUGAUAAGCCUCACGAGUUCAGUACAAAUAGUGCUGCUACACGUAUGUGGUGUAUGAACCAGUCUGAUAAGCCUCACGAGUUCAGUACAAAUAGUACUGCUACACGUAUGUGCUAUAUGAACCAGUCUGAUAAACCUCGGGAGUUCAGUACAAAUAGUACUGCUACACGUAUGUGGUGUAUGAACCAGUCUGAUAAGCCUCACGAGUUCAGUACAAAUAAUGCUGCUACACGUAUGUCUAAUUAUGUGGUAUAUGAACCAGUCUGAUAAGCCUCGGGAGUUCAGUACAAAUAGUGCUGCCACACGUAUGUCUAAUUAUGUGGUAUAUGAACCAGUCUGAUAAACCUUGGGAGUUCAGUACAAAUAGUGCUGCCACACGUAUGUCUAAUUAUGUGGUAUAUGAACCAGUCUGAUAAACCUCGGGAGUUCAGUACAAAUAGUACUGCUACACGUAUGUGGUGUAUGAACCAGUCUGAUAAGCCUCACGAGUUCAGUACCAAUAGUGCUGCUACACGUAUGUCUAAUUAUGUGGUAUAUGAAUCAGUCUGAUAAGCCUCACGAGUUCAGUACAAAUAGUGCUGCUACACGUAUGUGGUGUAUGAACCAGUCUGAUAAGCCUCACGAGUUCAGUACAAAUAGUGCUGCUACACGUAUGUGGUAUAUGAACCAGUCUGAUAAGCCUCACGAGUUCAGUACAAAUAGUGCUGCUACACGUAUGUCUAAUUAUGUGGUAUAUGAAUAUACGUGAAGGACGAAUACACAAAUAGCACGUGUUAGUAGACCUGAACCCUAGUUACCGCCCCUGUGCUAACAACACGUCAAUCGGGUCUGGCCUCAUAUGCUAUUUAUGUGAAUUCAGAGGCAUAUUUUAUCAUUGUUUACAAAUGUCUGUGGUCAUUGGCGUGCGUGUGUGUGUGUGUGU